CUACACCGCCGUAGCAAAGAAUUCUCGACAAGGCGGAUGAAAACUGUUUCUGUAUCAUCAAAAGAAGAUGCAUCUAUGACAGAAACCGGCAACGAUGACACGGAACCUCUACAGCAACCAGAGGUCAUGAUUUAUGACAUCCCCUCGUCAAUGUUUCCAAGCAUCAAAGAAGCAGAUGCCACAACAGAAACAACCUACAACGACAAUCACAGCAAGGUGGCUUUGUGGCCAGACAUCCCCUCGUCAAUGUGUUCAACAAUCAAAGAAGUAAAUGCACGAAUACAAUCAUUCUAUAACGAUGAUCACGAUAAUGAUGAAGUCAUAUGUGAGAAAGACAAAACCAUCAAAGAAGUAGAUGGACCAAGACAAUCAAUCUACAACGAUGAUCACGGUAAUGAUGAAGUCAUAUUUGAAGAAGAUACAAAUGAGGAUGAAUACAUGUUCUUUGGUGAAGAAGAGGAUGAGGAAGUGGAAAUUGAAAUCAAGGAAGACGAGGAACUUCACAAUCCUGAUCCGUAUGAUUUUGUCUACAGCAACAUACCAAAGAACACACACGUGUAAAACGGAAGAAAAUUGCAGGUUCUGCAAAGCAACA